AUGGUGAAUCCGGACUUUCUCGAACUUGGAGGAGAGGCGGUCAACGCUUUGGUGGAGACCGAAACGGGCGAGAAGGUCAUUGGAAAGGUCUCCAACACCAAAUGGUCUGAUGGCAGCAGCAUUAGCAGUAGUGACGACGAAUCUCUCCGUCGUUCACGAAAGGACUCUCGGCGGGACAGCGUGCACGAUGGACGUCAACCCAGAGCUAAGAAAGAUGACAGAGAAGAGAAGUGGUCAAUAAAAUCAUUCUUUCGAAGCAGCAGGCAUCAGCAGAGACCAUUGGAGAAGAAGACCGAUGACAAAAACCGCAAAUCGAAGUCCAGCUCAAAGACAAAGCCUUCAGCAGAGGACGAGAACGAAGCACGGGAUGAGGAGAAGAGGCUAGGACAGCGACGUGAACGAUUCCGAGCUGCAAAGACAAGAUACGUUCCGCCUGAAACGAUUCAAAGAGAAGAGCGAUUGCACUUCAAGCAAGAUCGAUUGAAUGCCGAAGUGGAAAUGGCUGUCGCAGCGGCCAAGAGGCGAUCAGAGGACGUCAGAAGAGAGAGAUGA